GGAUUUAAAAAACAAAGUAUAGCAAUAAGAAACGACGCCGUUUUGAAGUGUCUCCGAACCCUCUACUUCCGCCUCUGCGUCUUCUCUUCUGCUCGCCGCAUAGAAUCCACCAUGUUUCGCAUUCGCAGAGUCUUGUCUUAUCGUGUACUCGCAUCAUGCACCCGCAAUGCAUUUUCUUCAUCGGAAGCACGUUCUCUCCCUCACUCCCAUUCCCCAAUUCUCCCUCCACCUUCAUUUCUAGGAGUUGGAAUUUCAGAAAACCAUGGAUCAAUCUCUUUUGCAAAGCUUAUGUCUUCAAGAGCAUCAUCUGAACAAGGAAAAGGCACAGAAAAGACAAAAAAGGAGAUAACAAAUGUUGAGAAUCCAUUUGAUGAUUCUCCAACAUAUAACAUUCCCGAGAAGCCAGUAACAUUUGUUGAGGGGGCGUCCUACAGUGUGAUCAUUCUUGCAGGGCUUGGAGUUGCGGCUGCUGCUGGAUAUGCUGUUUUCAAAGAACUUAUAUUUCAACCCAAAGAGUACAAGAUCUAUAACAAGGCUCUCAAAAGAAUUCAAGAUGAUGGUCAGGUCAGAGUGAGGAUUGGAUCCCCAAUUACAGGUUAUGGCCAAGAGAGUAGAAAUCGUGCUGCUCGUCAAAGAAUUCCCAAUAGGGUUUGGACUGAUGAGGAGGGUGUUGAGCAUGUAGAGGUUAAUUUCUUUAUCCGUGCCCCCCACGGACAUGGAAAAGUAUUUGCUGAGAUGUUCAAAGGAGUUGAUGGUGAGUGGAAAUUCACAUACUUAAUUGUUGAGAUUAGAGCACCCUCUCCAGCACAAUUAAUUCUGGAGUCAUAUAUCCCAUCUUACAACACAAACAAGUAGCCUAGAUGAGAAAAGGUCCUCGUUAUUUGAUCUAUUACUGUAGGCCUCUUUUUUCAACUUUCAGCAUUGAUCACCUUUGUUAGUCCAUGCUCCAUUGGGGAUGAAAGUUGGAAGAAGGAAAGACAAUUUAAGUAACAAAUAAUAUUGGAGUCUGGAUCUCAAAUCUCAGGUUUGAUAUUUUUUAAUUUCAUUAAGAACCUGCGGACGCGAAGGAAAGUUUUGGGAAUGAUCUUAGUAUCGGCGAGGGUGGUUACUUUGUCAUUGAUGUUGAAUGAGAAUGGCCAUGUAGUUCUAUUUUUUGAUGUUGUUACUGUUGACAUUUUCAUAUAAAUUUGUAUGUUAAGUACAUUGUGUAGCUGGAAGGAGCACACAAGUGAUGGGUAUGAGAGGUGGUUUAAAUUAAUAAUGGAUCAUAUAAGAUUGAUUUUAA